AUGGGCGGAGUAUUCCACGACCAUUUCAGUGAGAAGGUUCGUCCUUAUAUAGAGCUUAUUGACUCCCUGCGGUUAAUGGGCAUUGAUAAGGAUCUGUCUUUGCCUGCGAUAGCUGUGAUCGGAGACCAGAGCUCAGGGAAGAGCUCUGUGCUGGAGGCGCUGUCUGGAGUGGCUCUACCCAGAGGCAGCGGUAUUGUGACUCGGUGCCCACUGAUGCUGAGGUUGAAGAAGGCUGUGGGAUCGCCAGAGUGGAAGGGUGUCCUCUCUUACAAAAACGAGAUUAAAGACAUCAAUGACCCCGCUAAGGUUGGGGAUUUUGUUGUCAACGCCCAGAACGAGCUGGCUGGAAAAGGUUUUGGGAUCUGUGACGAGCUCAUCAGUCUGGAGAUCACAUCUUCCGAGGUGUGUGACCUCACUCUGAUUGAUUUACCCGGCAUUGCCCGAGUGCCUGUCAAAGGACAACCUCGUGACAUUGGAGACCAGAUUAAAAGGCUGAUUCGCAAGUUCAUUGACAAGGAAGAAACCAUCAACCUGGUGGUGGUCCCAUGCAAUGUUGACAUAGCGACAACUGAAGCUCUAAAAAUGGCCCAGGAAGUUGAUCCAGAGGGGAGAAGAACUUUGGGUAUUUUGACUAAGCCAGACCUUGUGGAUCCUGGAACAGAAGACAACAUUUUGGAGAUUGUUUAUAAUCGGGUCAUUCCGCUGAGCAAAGGCUACAUAGUUGUGAAGUGUCGUGGUCAGCAGCAAAUUCAGGAUGGGAUUCCUCUAGCCAAGGCCACCAGGAUGGAGAGAGAUUUCUUCAGCCAACACAGGAUCUUCAAGCGUCUUCUUCAUGAAGGAAAGGCCACAACCGAGUGCCUUACCAUCCAACUGACCCAAGACUUGGUGGGCUGCAUCAAAAACUUUCUGCCAACACUGUCGGAGAAAAUUAAAAUGGAGCUGUCCAAAUCAAGGGAACUGUUGAGUAAAUAUCCAGUGGGGCCUCCCACAGAUGCCGCAAAAAAGAAAGUCUUCCUCACUCAUCUGCUGAUGGAGUUCAACAACAAGAUCAACCGACUGGUAGCGGGUAAAGUGGUCGCUAAGGAGAACCUUUUUGCGCUUCUUCGGAAGCAUUAUCAGGAGUGGAAAGAUGAACUUGAGCGCAGCAAAGCUCCAUUUUGUGAGAAGGUACAGAAUGUGGUGAAGGAAUAUGACCUGAAGCACAGGGGGAGAGAGCUGCCUGGCUUCAGCAGCUAUGACGUGUUUGAGACGGUCAUACAGGAUGCAGUGGCGAAUCUACAGAAUGAUGCACUGCAAACUUUGAGAGAAAUCAGAGGAAUAGUUGAGAAGCAAUUCAAUGCGAUUUCCGAAUCCUGCUUUGGAAACUACCCUUUCCUGCACUGUAUCACAACAACCAAAAUAAACAAAAUCCAGACAAACCAGCAGACCAACAUGGAGGAAAGAAUUCAGGAGCAGUUUGACAUGGAGAGACUGAUCUACGUUCAGGAUGACAACUUCUUCAAGACCUUUGAGACUAUAAGUAAUUUACAACCGCCUCAUUCACCACAACAGAAUGUUAGUGUUGAAGAAAAUCUCAACAAAACACUAAACAAUCUCAGCCAAACACCACAGAAUCCAUCCAAAAGAGGCAAAUCUGCUAAGCGCCCUCGACACUCUGAUCAGGACAAGCCAGUGGUGGAUUAUGGAAGCAUGGAUGGCAUGGAAGCGACCCCAGUUAGCCUGCAGGCCACAACCCCUUCGGAGGGAAAAGCAUCUGGUAUUAAUUCUGAAGCCAUGGGCAUGUACCCUAAAAUGCUACAUUCGUACUAUGAGAUAAUGAUUCGGCGUCAGGCAGACCAGAUUCCCAUGCUGAUCCAGUACUUCCUUCUGAAGAAGUCAGCAGAGAUGUUGUGCACUGAGAUGUUCAGUGUCAUGGAUGGACUGGACGUGGACAAAGCCCUGUGUGAGGUCUCGGACAGCAGCCGCCGCCGCAACGACUUGCGGGGUCGCGUUGAGCGUCUCAACAGGGCGCAGGACAAACUCAGCCGUUUCCUCUAA